AUGCGUACUGGCGGCCCAGCGAUGGCGGCCCCCGAGGAGUCCCUGAGGAGGCGGAAGGCCGAGAAUGCGGGCGCCGAGCCUGGGUCUCCGCCGGGACGGGGGCCGGGGCACGAGCCCACGGGCUGUAAUGCCCGUCUCCGAGCGGGCACUUUCUGGCUGACCAGGAUCGUGCUCCUGAGGGCCCUCGCUUUCGUUUACUUCGUGGCGUUCCUGGUGGCUUUCCACCAGAACAAGCAGCUGAUCGGAGACCGGGGCCUGCUGCCAUGCCGCACGUACCUGAAGAGCGUACAGCAGUAUUUCCGGGGCCCGGUCGGCUGGGAUGCCGUGAGCUACGCGCCCACCCUGCUCUGGCUGCUGGACUGGUCACACAUGGACUCCAACCUGGACGCCCUGGCACUGCUCGGACUGGGUGUCUCGUCUUUCGUCCUGCUCACCGGCUGUGCCAACAUGGCGCUCAUGGCCACUCUCUGGGUUCUCUACAUGUCCCUGGUCAACGUGGGACAGAUCUGGUAUUCAUUUGGAUGGGAGUCCCAGCUUCUGGAAACAGGAUUCCUGGGGAUCUUCCUGUGCCCUCUCUGGAGUCUGUCUCGACUGCCUACGGGGACCCCCCCAUCCCAGAUUGUGCUGUGGGGCUUUCGGUGGCUGAUUUUCAGAAUCAUGCUUGGAGCAGGCCUGAUCAAGAUCCGGGGGGACCAGUGCUGGCGGGACCUCACCUGCAUGGACUUCCACUAUGAGACACAGCCAGUGCCCAACCCUGUGGCCUACUUCCUGCACCAGUCCCCAUGGUGGGUCCACCGCUUCGAGACCCUCAGCAACCACUUCCUCGAGCUCGUGGUGCCUUUCUUCCUCUUCCUCGGACGGCGGAUGUGCACCCUCCACGGGGCCUUACAGAUCCUGUUCCAGGCAGUCCUCAUUAUCAGCGGGAACCUGAGCUUCCUGAACUGGCUGACCAUGGUGCCCAGCGUGGCCUGCUUCGAUGACGCCACCUUGGCGUUCUUGUUUCCCUCUGGGCCCGGCGGCCUCAAGGACCGAGUCCUGAAGCUGCAGGAGGAGGCCGCCCGAGGGCUCCGGCCCCCCCCGAGAUACGGCUGCAUGGUGCGACGGGCGGUGCAUGUGGCCCUGGGCGUCCUAGUGGCCUGGCUCAGUGUCCCCGUGGUCGUCAACCUGCUGAGUCCCACACAGGUCAUGAACACGUCCUUCAACCCUCUCAGGAUCGUCAACACGUACGGCGCCUUCGGAAGCAUCACCAAGGAGCGCACAGAGGUCAUCCUGCAGGGCACGGCCAGCCUCAACGCCAGCACGCCGGAUGCCGUGUGGGAAGACUAUGAGUUCAAGUGCAAGCCCGGUGACCCAGGGCGGCGGCCGUGCCUCAUCUCCCCCUACCACUACCGCCUGGACUGGCUCAUGUGGUUCGCGGCCUUCCAGACCUACGAGCACCACGAGUGGAUCCUGCACCUGGCGGGCAAGCUCCUGGCCAACGACGCCACGGCACUGUCCCUACUGGCCCUCAACCCUUUCGAGAACAGGGCGCCCCCCAGGUGGGUCCGGGGAGAGCACUACAGGUACAAGUUCAGCCGCCCCGGAGGCCGGCACGCCGCCGCAGGCAAGUGGUGGGUCCGCAGGAGGCUCGGGCCCUACUUCCCCCCGGUCAGCCUCCCAGACCUGAAGGACUACUUCCAGUCGCGGGAGUGGCCGUACCCCGAACUGCCGUAGGAGCGGCCCCGGGCCUGCGCGCGGACCAAUAAAAGCAGGAGCCCAA